AUGGAUCAAGAAAUAAGCAAAUCGCUGCUUAUGGAUCUAGUAGCUAAUAAGCCUUUGUCUGAAUUUGAUAAGAAGCUCGCUUUGAUUGAGUCUGCUUUUCAAAUAAACUAUGGCUUAUGGUUUAAAGGAAUUCCCGUUGAUUCAUCAGCAGCAACUCCCGACAGUAAUGGAAAGAGAUCUAAGACAAGCCGAGUGGAGACAACACCUAAGCUCCCUGAACAACCUAUUCGUGGUUUUGUAAACGAGUGA